AUGUACUCGCUCCUGCUCUUGCUUCUCGGCGCGGUGUCGGCCACCAACUGCACCACGCUCAAUAGCACGGCGCGCCCGGUGCCGUUCAGCUUGUCGCCGCUCGCCGGGUGGCAGGUCACGUUCGAAGACAACUUCGACGUUCUCAACAAGUCGCGCUGGACGAUUGCCAACGAGUGUUCGACCGAGCACGAAUGCGCCCACAACAAAGAGGAGCAAGUGUACUUGGCGUCGCAAGUGCGCGUCGAGGACGGCAACCUCGUCGUCGAGGCGACGCGUGACGCGUACACGUCACCGGCCGCCGGCACGCGCCAGUAUCGUUCCGGGCGGCUCGACUCGUCCGGGUCGUUUGCGCAGCAAUUUGGCCGCUUUGAAGCGCGCAUCAAGCUCCCGGUCGGUCUUGGCAUGUGGCCCGCCUUCUGGCUCAUGCCGCGCGGCGGGCGGUGCUGGCCCACGGACGGCGAGAUUGACAUUAUGGAGUACGUGGGGCAGUCGCCCGACCAGAUUCACGGUGCCUGCAACCGCAACUUCCACGACGACAAGGCAGUGUGCGGCAAGACGGGCAAGUCCAAGCAAGUCGACCUCGACAAUGGCUUCCACGUGUACGCCGUCGAGUGGACGCCAACGGCGAUUUCGUGGUACUUUGACGGCCAGUUGUACUACGUCCUCGACAGCAACCAGUGCACAGACAAGGCGCCGUUUUACAUUCCGCAAAAGACGUUCUACAUCAUCUUGAACCUCGCGGUUGGCGGCACGUGGCCCGGGAGUCCGUCCGCGUCGACAGUGUUUCCCCAGCGUAUGCUCGUCGACUAUGUCCGCGUCUACAAGCCUCGUGAGUCCCCUCCAUUCCGGGCGCUGGAAGCCACAUAUCUCCUUGUAGUGCACGCCGUGAUUGGACAGCUCUAG